AUGGACAGCCUCAUUAAGGAAUUCAAUGCGGCUUAUGCCGCCAUGAAAGGCGAUCAGCUUGCCGAGACCAUUCACCCAGACAUAGAGCGUUAUUCGCACAAGCUACGAGCAAUCUGGGACCGCGGAGACUUGCGCUCCACCACGGCCGACCUCAACUUCUUGUUCUAUCAAGACAAGUCACAUGCGAAUCUCUCCAAGGCGGAGGCUACUGGUUGGUUUGAGAUCUACCUCACCUAUUGGAAGGCUGUAGGAGAGAUCCUCGCUGCAGAGGGCCUACGGGGUAAUGUGAAGGGUUCUUGGACGCAAGUGUAUGUCAAAUGGAAGGAGCUCACACUCCUCAUCAUCCGAGGCUACUCGCAUUACGAGUUUGAGAACUGGACGAUACCGUGCUUGUACGUUGCCGGCAAGUACCUGCGGCUGUAUGCCAUGCGAGCCGACGCGGAAAAGAGCAGCAGCAAUGAUGAUACCGCGAUGACUGGGUUCCAAGAUGAUUUCGACCCGGAAGCCGAAGAGAACAAGCAGCUUGAAGACUGUGCGAGACAUCUCAACCGCAUCUUCCAGAUCUGUCUCACUGACAGAGCCCCCCUGGAAGAGUCCCGCAAGUGGGGCGUAUACUAUGCUAUCAAUCUACUGUUCAAGACUUACUUCAAGCUGAACUCGGAACCCCUAUCGAAGAACGUGCUCAAGGCCAUCUCGGCGGGCCGGUCAGACAUACCGUUGAUCGACAAGUUCCCAAAGUCGCAGCAGGUCACCUUCAAAUACUACGAGGGUGUCUUGUCUUUCCUGGAGGAGAACUAUGUGGAGGCUGAGAAGCAUCUUACGAUGGCAUGGCUGAUGUGUCAUAGGGAUGCGCAACGGAAUCUCGAGCUCAUUCUCACCUACCUCAUCCCGUGUCACCUGCUCACCACACACACCCUGCCUAGCGCGCAGUUGCUGGAACCAUUUCCCCGGCUACAGAAGCUCUUCAUACCACUGGCAAAUGCAAUCAAGGGAGCCGACCUUCGUGCAUUCGACCAUGCCUUGCGCGAUGGAGAAGACGAGUUCAUCAAGCGACGUAUCUAUCUGACGUUGGAGCGAGGCCGCGACAUUGCGCUACGUAAUCUAUUGCGCAAGGUCUUCGUCGCGGGAGGUUUCGAGGAGUCCAAAGAUGGCGCCCCGCCCGUUCGUCGCACACGAAUACCCAUCGCCGAAUUCACGGCGGCGAUCAAGAUCAGCAGUGGGGAGGAUAUCGAUGCGGACGAGGUCGAGUGUCUCAUGGCCAACAUGAUCUACAAGAACCUCAUGAAAGGAUACAUUGCUCACGAGCGCGGCUUCGUCGUACUGAGCAAGAAUGGUGCCUUCCCCGGGACCAACGUGUGA